CCAAAUUCCAGUACUCAAACUACUAAACUGAAGGUUUAUCUGACUCCUUUUCCUUAUGCAUACUGAUAGCUACCAUCAUAUCAUCUCUUGAUGUCGGGAACGCCACACACCCAAAGCAAUGAACCCAUAACUGAAACCACAGCUCAAUCUAAACUCAGACAGACAGCCACCCAGAACAGUUCCGUUAAAGUAAGAACUAGCUACGGAAUUGAUACGCUUGAGUUCCACAUUCUAGACGACUAUGAAUCCACGUCAAGUGAAGACGAACAUUGCGACUUUAGACCAAUCCGGUUUAUAUACAAACGUAACGAUAAGCGAGCCACAGACUCACCUACACGGGAAAAUGCCACCCAAAAGGCUCAGCAUGCUUCAAAAGAUACUCCGAAAUCUACCACCGUGUCCAAGAAGAGCAAAUUAACAACUCUCAAAUUUAAAGCCCCUCCUUCUCCCCUUAGGAGUGGGGAUAUACAGGAAACUCUACGACCAGAUCUUUCGGAUAUAUCUGAACAAUCAAAGCCACUAAACAGGCCAAAAUUCACACCUAAACCUCAGCCUGGUGCCAGCCACACCGAUUUACCUCCGCUUCAGGAAUUUGGCGAGCCAAUCAAUGGAUACAAGCUAGUGCGAGACAACGGGUCGAAUACGCAAGGCAUACCUAUGCACCGAAGAGGCCUCUACAUCAAUGAAACUUUCGACUACGACAGUUUCUAUGCUGACACAUAUCGGUCUGGGUUUGCUUCUGAAGGACUGGAACAGCCUAAAAAUGUACAGCCAACCAGUGAUCACAGAGCCCCAUCGCUCCAGUCAGUUGAGAAAUACUUGCAGAGGUGGGACGCAUGGGCGUCUGCGUCCAAAAAGGCAGGCCAACCCGAUUUUUCCAAGAUGCCGUUACCGCUUGAGUCUGGUAAGACUGCUUCAUACUACGUCACAGCCUACGGGACGGAUAGCCUUCAUGGUAGAGCUAUCACUACAGAAUCGGUGGGGGACUUUUUUAACGCCUACGUGGCAAAUGAAGAGCUGUUGAAACUACUAAAGCGGGAAAGAAUAAAGUGGCAUCCAGACAAAUGGACGGGACAUCUUUUAGAAGAGAGGAUAUCAGGGCAAACAAAGUCUCGAAAAAAUGAACCUACUGACGAUUCUCAGCUGGAAGUGCCCAACCUCAAAAGAGCUUACCUAUCCAUUAUUGAGCAUGUUUGUCAGAUAAUUGUGGGUUUACUUGACGAACUUUCGAGUAAAGUAUAACUUUCCUUUACUGAUGGCUGCUCGCCGUAAUGAGCUGAGAAUAUACCGCAUAGUUUAAGAGGAAGGUUCCAGCCCAGGCUUUUUUUCCGGAGCCCCAGGCUAAGCAUCUCGAGGAAUAUAUUCAAUUCUACCAUUAUACGCCCAGAAUAUUGAUUCCUGAGAACACAAGCAAAAACUAGCGCUGUCAACUGCACCUUCUGUUUGGAGAAUAUACGUCACCAAGUCCACCCGAUAAAUAUAUAUUAAAAUACUCGUAUAUUAGCCAUCGGCAAGAUAUAAAAAAUAAAAAGCGAGUGUUCGAAGGCUAACGAAUCUAAGCACACAGGUAAACAUGAAACCGAAACCUGACAAUAAAAUGUCCCCACAAAAAGAUUAGAAUGGAAAAAAAA